AUGGCUAUGACUAAUCAAUCCAGUGAAGGCUCUGCCCUGAAUUAUCAGCAGAUGUUUAAGGUGGAACUGAAUGAGGGCCCGCUGUCUAAACUUGUUGUGGUUAUUCUCAUGUCCAUGCUGUUCACCUGCAUCAACAGCAUCAUGUUUCAUACUCUCUUGAGUAAGCCUGUGUUUAGAGAGCUGCCUCGCUAUAUCCUCUUUGCCCACAUGCUCUGUAAUGAUAGUGUUCAGUUAGUGGUCUCCAUGUUGCUCUAUCUUUUGUCCUUGAAUGUGCAACUGAUUCCUAAAGCUACCUGUGCAGGAAUAUUGCUGGUAGGAGUGACAACAUUUUGCAAUGCUGCAUUGAAUCUGGCUCUGAUGUCACUUGAGCGCUACAUUGCUAUUUGCUUUCCACUGAGACACAGUGAGAUGGUGACACAAAAAACUGCAGCUAUUUCUAUUGUGUUCAUCUGGCUCUUGAGUUUAAUAAGUAUUUCAAUAGAUUUUAUUUAUGGACUGAUAAUGAGUCCAGUGUCUUUUAGAGAACCCAUGUUUUGUACUCGACAGAGGUUUUUUUUGUCACCAUGGCAAAAUGAUGUGUUUCAGGGCUUCAACAUAUUUUUCUUUGUGACCGUAACAGCCAUUUUGCUUUUUACCUACAUUAAUGUUGUGGUGGCAGCUCGUUCUGCCUCAGCAGAUAAAGAAUCUGCCAAGAAGGCUCAUAAGACCAUACUGCUCCAUCUUGUCCAAUUAGUUCUCUGUGUUAACACGUUUAUUUUUGGAACCAUAGAGAGAGCCCUGGCUAUGGCCAGCAGUAGCAGCCUAUUUUUCAUGGAUGUGCGCUACGUGAACUUUCUCUUUGUUCUCAUUCUGCCUCGGUGCCUGAGCCCUCUGAUUUACGGCCUGAGAGACGAUGCUGUUCGGCCCUUAUUCCUCUACUAUGUCAGGUGUGGAACCCAAAAGGUCAAACCCUCUACUGUAUAA